UAUCCAUGUCUCCAGUGGCCACACCAGGUGCCAAUAUUCAAAUCUGAGCACAGAUUGGUUUGACCACAACUUCCUGAAAAUCUCACUUCCUUAUCAACCCAGGACAAAGUGGAGCUAUGAGACAGUGGCAGGACACUUUUGCAGUGAAGACUAGAGAAAUGGGCAUAACAGAUCCGUGGACACUUCUGGAGGAUGAUGCCCUGCAGGUGCAGGCCUGCAGGCCUGGCUGGAAGGAGUUUGUGCAGCGCCGUGCUCUUGGGAGGUUUCAGUGCUCCCAGUGCUUUCACAAGUGGUCUUCUGCCAAAGUGCACAUCCUGUUCCACGUGUACCACUGCCACGGCUGGGGCACCGUGUGGAUGCGAAUCUUUCACCAGAAGUGCAGGCGCUGCCCUAACUCCCGGCUGGAGGAUCCUGAGUUCAGCCUGGACACUGUGGAGACAAUUCUGCACAACCUGGUGAUAAAGAUCCUCCAGUAUUUCUACAAGAAGCCUGUCCAGCCCUCUGACCUCCUGGAAGUCGUGGUGGAUGCACUGGUGACAGGGCCACACGACCGUGCCCACUGCGAGGCCUGUGAGCUUGGCAUUUGUAACAGGUCACAGAAGGCCCUGGCACUGGAUGCCUGGAAGCCCUUGACGGAUGAGAACAAGGCCAGGAUGCACAGCAGUGAGCCAUGGCUGGCCUGGACAUCAAAUGUCUGGAAGUCCUUAACAAAUACGGGGGAGGCCGGAACCCAUCACACGGAGUCAUGGUGGUCCCGGGGAUCAGAUGUCUCCGAGCCCUUGAUUGGUGUGGGCAAGGCCAGGACCCAUCACACUAAGCUGCAGCCAGCCCCAGCACGGGUUUCCUGGAAUACAUACCAAUCCUGGACCUCUCAGACCCUGAAACACCAGGGCUUAAGACCCCGUGAAGCCUCGACUCACCACCCCUCACCCUCCAACAGCAACUUCUCCUGGAAAUGGUGCUGCUGCAUCGGCAGCUCCUUAGUCUGUGUUUCAGUCAUCAUCUUCCUUGUGUUUUAUUUGACCAAGAUGUAGAGGGACCUGGGGAUCACAAAGAGGAGCUGGGGCGAUGUGAUGAACUGCCUGGAAACUUGGAGACCCAAGGUCAGCCCUUGCUCUUGGUUCAGCAAGCUCCCCAGCUCCUGGUGGCAUGGGAUCGUACUGGGAUUCCUCAUCCAGGCACCUUGUCCAACAAUCUCUGGAAGAGUCAUGGGUCUGAUGGAUUCUUAUGGGACAUAUUCUGUGUGAGGAUGAAUAUCCCAGCUCCCCCAUGCACAGGAUGAGGUUUCUUACUUGCAAGAAUAAAACAACCCCCUUCUCCUCAGCCCAGGAAUGCACUUGUGCUUUUUAAUGUCUCAAAAGCCUUUUCUACAUGUGUGUGGGCAUUGUGGAGGGAAGCUUGGGGCUGUUUUUAUCUCCCAGCAGUGCUGUGCUUCCAGAGAGGCACAUGCCCAGUCUGCCCUGCCUUUGGCCAGCUGUCUGGGUACCCUGCAGGGGGAGCAGAGAGUGCCAAACUUGGCUAGUGCAAGAAGACUGUGGCAGCAAGUCCAAAGUAUUCCCCAGUUAUGCAGAAAUUGCAAAUAUUGGGCUGCAGGGUCAGGGCAAAGGGGAAGAUGCAGACUCUUGCCUUCUGCUACUUCACCCUUCAGGGCUUUAGGGACCUGGUGGGUGUCUUAAGGUUGGGAGGAAACGUGCUGUCCCCAUGACUCUUACCUUCCCUGCAGGGCAGCUGGGCUCCUGCAAAACUUACCCAUGGACACAGCAUGUCCUGUGACCACAGCUGAUUUCAGCUGGGAUGGAGAUAAUUUUCCUCUUUGUAGCUGUUACUACACUGGGGAUUAAUAGUGUUGAUAGCACACUGAUGUUUUAGUAGGUUCAAGUAGUGCUUACUCUAAGUCAAAAACUUUUCCGUUUCCUGUGCUCUGCCACUGGAGCAGGUGUACAAGGAGCUGGGAGGGAGCAGGGCCAGCACAGCUGACCAGAACUGGCCCAAGGGACUUUGCACAGAUCAUCCUGCUCAGUGGAUAAACUGGAGGAGUUGGCCAGGAUGGGCUGAUUGCUCUGGGGGAUGGGCUGGACAUCGGUCAGAGGGUGGUAAACAACUGCAGUGUGUGUCUCUUGUCUUUGUUAUGUCUCUCUCUUUAUCUCUCUGUUCAUGAUUGUUAUUAUUAUUAAUUAUUAUUCAUAUUUACUUUGUUCCAAUUAUUGAACUGUUCUUAUCUCAACUCACAGACUUUACCCUUUUCCAAUUCUCCUCCCAUGCUACUGGGGCAGGGUGGUUUGACUGAGUGGGAGGCUGUGGUGUACUUAGUUACUGGCUGAGCUUAAGCCACA